CCUAUAUUUUGCAAAAUGGCGAUUCACUUUUUCUUGUCCCAAAUAGGUCGGCUAUGUCUUAUUGGUCCAGUCGAAGUAUAAAAGUUUAGGGAAGCCGGUCGAGUAACCAUUCAAUCCAAUUUUUCCUUUUAGACAUUUUCUCCAAAAUAAUCGAAGAGAAAGUUUUCAAUCUGUGCAACUAGUGAUUUCAGUUUACAAAAUGCUGAGGCUAACACUUGCAGCGUUGCUAGUAUCCUGUAUAGCACUAGUACAUGCAGGCGGCUGGGGGGAAUCACAUGAUCAUCAUGAUGAGUGGAAAGCACAACCCAUCAAGUACAUCAUCAAAGAAAAUCCUAAAUUGAUCACAAUUCCUCAUCAUGUACCAGUUCCCAAGCCUGUUCACAUCCCAAGAGAAGUUCCCGUCUACAAACACAUCCCUGUACCCAAGCCUUACCCAGUUCCACACAUAGUAACAGUUAUCAAACACAUUCACAAGGAAGUACCAGUUCCCAAGAUUAUUCCAGUUCACAAGGAAGUACCUGUUCCCAAGCCAUACCCAGUACCAAAGGUGAUCCGAGUUCCAAAACCAUACGUUGUCCCAGUCCACAAGGAAAUUCCAGUUCCCAAACCAUACCCAGUCCACGUUCCAGUUCACAUUCCAAAACCAUACAUUGUCCCAAUUCACAAGAACGUUCCCAUCCCAGUUCCAAAGCCCGUCCAUGUACCCAUUGAAGUAAUCAAAGAGAAGUCUGUAGUGAUUAAGAAACCAGUACCCGUUAUCAUUGAAGAUAAAGGACACGGAUACGGACACGGAGGAUGGGAAGAAAAAGGACACGGAGGAUGGGAAGAAAAAGGACACGGUGGUUGGGACAAGAAAUAAGCUGGUUACAAGUCUGACGGAAACAGAAUAUGUGCCUUAUGACCUGCAAGGAAAGAGGAAUAACCAUGUAAAGAUCUUUAAACCGAGCCGAGAACUGGACAAAUUAGGGUAAAUCAUAUGGGUAAUCAUUGAACAUCCUGGGUUACGGUUUUCCUCUUUGAAUGCAAGAACCUGUGUAGAUAAUUUCAUAGUUGUUAUUAUUUCUAUUACUCAACAACGAUUAUCGGACAAUGUUUUUAAUUGUGAAUGCCUGAUACUUGAUUGUUAGUCUGUAACACGGCUGGCAGAAUUGACUGAAAAGUUUUGUUCUGUAAGUUUGUGUUACUUGUACAAUAGCUGUACAGUUUUUAAUGUUUUUUAUUAAAGUCAUUUGCUUAUUUAUACAUAAAA